CCGGAAGCCAGGCUCCAAAGACUGAGAGAGUUUGUGGGUGCGGAUGGGGAGCCAUCGGUGCGACGCUGAUGCUGGUGAAUCGGAAUGAACGCAACCAUUGCCCAACCCAGACUGUAAAGAAGCUUCUGGAAGAACAGAGGCGUCGCCAGCAGCAGCCUGAUGCUGGUGGGGUACAGGGACAUUUCUCCCCUCCCCUGGCCCAGCCCCUGACCCCUUCGGUGAAUGAAGCUGAGGCUGGCCAUUCUCACUUCCCAGCCUCCCAGGAGACUAUGGCUUCUGGAAUCAGCAGCCUGGCCCCGCCUCCAAGCUUUCCAGUCUGGGACACCACCGCCAUGCACGGUGCCUACACAGACAGCUCCUGCUCUUACUCUGCUUCUGACAGUUUCCUGAUGUCUGAUUUCUACCCACCCUCCGACCCAGCAAGGCCAGGCCCAGUUCCCCUGGGGAUGGAGGACCCCUUGGAUUCUCGGCUCUAUGCAGAGCCUUCCCUGCCUCAGGGCGGGUCCUGGCGAGUGUCUGGGCUCCCCUCGGGACCCCCACAGCUGCCCCCUUGCACUGGACCCUCCCUGGACACUGCGCGAGCUCACCUACUGGCUUUGGGACCCGAGCAGCUGCUGGCUCAGGAUGAGGAGGGAGACACGCUCCUGCACCUGUUUGCUGCUCGGGGCCUGCGCUGGGCGGCCUAUGCUGCGGCGGAAAUUCUCCAGAUGUACAGACACCUCGACAUCCAAGAACAUAAGGGCAAGACUCCUCUCCUUGUGGCUGCCGCCGCCAACCAGCCUCUGAUUGUGGAGGAUCUUCUGAACUUGGGAGCCGGGCCCAAUGCUACUGACCACCAGGGCCGCUCUGUCCUGCAUGUGGCUGCUACCUAUGGACUCCCAGGAGUCCUUUCGGCUGUGUUCAAGUCAGGCGUGCAGGUGGAUCUGGAAGCCAGAGAUUUUGAGGGCCUCACCCCCCUCCACACAGCUGUCCUGGCUCUGAAUGCUGCUAUGCGCCCACCCAGCCUCUGCCCUCGGAUGCUGAGUGCCCAGGCCCGAGACAGGUUGACCUGUGUCCAGAUGUUGCUUCACGUGGGUGCCAACCAUGCCAGCCAGGAGAUCAAGAGCAACAAGACUGCUCUGCACCUGGCUGUGCAGGCUGCCAACCCCACCUUGGUUCAGCUGCUACUGGCGCUGCCAAGGGCAGACCUACAAGCCUUUGUCAACAUGAAGGCCCAUGGGAACACAGCCCUCCACAUGGCGGCCGCCCUGCCCCCUGGGCCUCCCCAGGAGGCCAUUGUGCGGCACCUGUUGGCAGCUGGUGCUGACCCAACACUGCGCAACCUGGAGAACGAGCAGCCUAUCCACCUGCUGCGGUCUGGCCCGGGCCUUGAGGGGCUCCGGCAGCUGUUGAAGAGGAGCCGUGUGGCCCCCCAGGUUUGUCCUCCCAGGACUCCAAUCCAGAACCUGGACUGAUUUUUCCAGUCCCCACCGUCCCACGGGACAGCCAGAGUAUGCCAAUGUUGCAGAUCUGUGAUGAUGUAUGUGGAGCGUCUUGCCAUUGGGGUCUUACAUUAAAAUCCCCAAAUGGCUGCUGGGGGGGUGAACAGCCCCCAAUAUUUGGGGUGGUGUGAUACCUCCUUCUCCCACAAAGGUCAUUUUCUUUUUUUAAUGAUUUCUGUGAAAUCGAGGCCCCUUGAUUGUUUCUGUGAAACACCCUACCAUCUUCCACCUCCCUGGAUCCUUCAAGAUUCUCACCCUAACUCAGCCCUUCACAUCCAGACACCCUAAUUAUAAGCCCCUUUUCCUGGAACUCAGGGAGUCAUGAUUCUAACCCCGUGGGUUUCUUCUGAUGGCCCUAGACCCACGCCCCUGAGGCGCCUAGACCUUAAAAGGAGGAUCCAUUGGGUCCUGCGCUGUCCCAUGCAGAGCUAGGGGAGUCCCUGUCCCACAGUGCAGAGACCCUGGCAAGUCCGCUGCUGACGGAUCCUGAGGCUCCCUAUUAAACUUAGUGUGUGCCA